UACCAACCGGAUGCCAAACAAAUGUAUCGCUGACACCCAGACACCCAUAAAUUCCACAGACGCUCUGUGUUGCUUCAGCUUUUACUUGCAAUACCACUUCCAGAUUCAGAGUCAGGGUUUCGGGCAUGAAAAGUGACGACAGCAAAGUACGUUAAAGUUGGCGCUGGAUGCCGGAGUGACUAGUGCUAUUAGUUCCGUGGCACGCGUGUGCAUUUGAAUGUGUUUGGAGUCGGAUUUUGACUCGGGCUGGAAUGUCAAGUGAAUAUAUAUGGCCUGCACAAAAAGUCACAGUUACAUACGGACCGAGUCGGCCAAGAUAAGUCCAUUUGCCUCGUCUGGGCCACACCUAAUUCGGUUUGGGCAUUAUUCAAUUUCCCAGCAAAAUACACACACACUCCCAACCAUUCGGCUUGUAUAAUUGUAGAUGUUGACUAUGUUUGUUGCCCUCUUAUUGGUAAAAUUUAAUUAAUCCUAUUUAUGUUUGCCUCGUGGCAUUCAACUAAAUUUAAAUAAACAUCAGUCCAGGGAAAGCCUUAAAAAUGGAAGCGAAAGAUUUUCAUGGCUAUUCAGGUUAACGGCAAUAGCAAUGUUAUUAAUGAAUUUUUAAUUAGGACUCCCAUGGUUUUCAUUGAAUUUCGUAGCAGUAACACCAGUUGACCCAGUCAACUAUAAAUUGGAAAUAAAUGGAAAAUUAAUUAAAUCCCAAAACAUGAUUUUCCAGGAAUUCAGGACAGAUUCCAUUUGAUUAGGUCAGGCCAAUCUAUUUCCAAAAUAUUUUAUAAUAUUCUUAAGCUAUUUAUAUUAAGUGGAAUUUGAAAUAACUAAAAUGAAAAUGGUCUAUCUCGAAGCUUAAUAAAUAUUAUCAAAGAGACGUACAUUUUUAUGCGAGACGUACAAAAUUUUUGUUUAGAAAUGGAAAAACGCUGUCAGGCUAACAAAAUGGCAAGUGAACCGAAACGAAGCCAAACGGAGUAAAAUACCUGCCACCGAUAAUGAAGAGUUUUUACUUGUUGAUGGCUGGAGCAAUUGACCCACGACAAGUGUGGUGCACACAACCACAGCACUAGUAGCAAAAUAAUGGGUAGCAGUGAAAUGUCUGCGGUGAGCCAUUCAUUAAACCAGGGAAAAUUUAAUGUGUCCGUUCACGCUCAAGUAAAACUGAAUCGCCGGAGCAAAACAAAAUCAGCGAAAACAAGGUAGAACCAGAAAAAGUGCGGCCACCAUCUGGCCAAGAACAUACCACCGACUGCCAGUCUGUAUACAGUUUAGUACAGGUAUGGUAUAAAAAAGUGCAGUCGAGUGCAACGAGCAGUUUGAAAUGGGUGCCCACUUUUUCUCAGUCGGGUGGGAGCUCUAGAUCGGUUUAAACAUGCCAAAGAUUUCGAUCGCAUUUGCAAUUUCCCUCCAGCUCUGGCUGGCGUCCUUUGGUGGUGCAAAAGCCCUUCCACCAGUGGUGCAGUUGGGUGGAGCCAUAGUGGCAGCGGUAGAACAGGACGCUGAAUUUGAAGCUGCAUCUGAAGAGCAGCAGCGAUUGGAUCGCGAGUGGCUAGCGGUGGCCCAAAACCAAUUUCAAAGGAUUUUAAAAGAUGAUCUGAGUGCCGAUGACUUAAAUAAAAUGAUUGAAAGCUGGCAAAUCGAAGGUCGUGGAAAGCACAAAAAGCAGAAGAAACUGAUGAAAAUGAUAUAUCCCAUGCUGGCUGCCGCCGCUUUGGCUAAAAUUGUUCUUCUACCACUUAUAUUAAAAUGGCUGACGGCACUUUCGACUUCAUCGUUUGUUAUGGGGAAAAUCGCAUUGGCCACUUCCGGUCUAUUGGCCUUAAAAUGGAUAAUGUCUAGUGGUCAUGCACACGAUCGCUUAGAGAUUAUACAUUCCUCAGCGCCUGCUAUCAAGGGAUUCCAUGCCGGAGAUCUUUCAGGAAGUGGCAGCAAUUGGAUGCCCAUUCGACAGCCCUAUAUCCCAUUGGGAUUAUCGAAAGAUCACAACUAUGACAAUUUGUACAAACCUUUUUUAUAGAUUAGAGCAAGAAAUUAGAAAAAUUUUAUGAGUUUUUGCAUUUAAUGCAUUAAAUUUUAUAUUAGUUAGCGAAAUUACUUUGAACGAGUUAGCUUGAAGUUGUUAGCUUCCGUUUAAAAAUUCGAUUUAAAAAUUAGUUUAAUUUAAUAUUUGUUGUAGUGUGGUGUUGGCCAAUAGACAAAUAGGGCCACGUAACUCUUAGCUUCAUCAACGAUUAAUUAGCACAUGGCUCGCCCGACUUUGACGACUCCACGUUACGUAUACGACCUGUUGUCAAAUCACCUGCCGCCGCUGCUGCGUGCACGAAGCGCAAAAAUUAACAGCACUGCGGCGGUGCCGUUAUGCAUAAAACGGUUUAUUGCGCAUACGCACCGUACCGCACCGCACCGUUUGUCCAAAAUCAAAAAAGCAAUGACCAGAGCCAAGCCAUCAAUGUCGCCGCAUUGGAAGCGGCACUUCCGCAAGGCCUGUUGCAAUAAACGCCGACAAACGACAACGGCCUGUAAACGCUUAUGUAAAAAAAAACCGAAAGCCCAAAAGUAAACAAAACAGGUCGACAUAAAUCAAUCAUCUGCAUGCAGCAGCCGGUGCAACGAUUUUGGUGGCCGCUUGGGUGGCAAUAUAAUUUUAUAGUUGGUGUGGCACCUGGAGAAAAAGCCCCGAAAUUGUAGAGGUGACGACCUGCAUGCCUUGGCGUGCGCGAGGAGACUUUAUAUAUAGCCGAAGAAUUAAAAAUUUUCUGCAGUAGAAUAUUAGCCAAAAAAUUUGCACAAUUAAAAUUAUAUUUUUACAAUGUAUACAAUUUUUAUAAAAAUUUUAAAUCAUAUUUUAAGAUGUUAAGCGUUUGAAAAUAUAACUAAAUAAAAACUAGUAUGACAAAAAAAGGUUUGUUAAAAACUGUUUAAAAAGUAUAGUUUCAGUAUUUAAUUACAAAUUUAUGUAUAUCAAUCGAGUUUAAUUUACAUUGUUUUGCCCAAAGAUAACCACUAAUAA